UACCGUAUAUUUUUAUCCUUUUAGUUCAUUGCAAAAUAGGAUCAAUAUUGAUAAAGCAAAUUUAAAUAUGGAUUUAAAACUUCUUGUCUAUAACGCAGCAAAAGAUGGAAAAUUGAAGAAGUUAAAGGGUUAUUUAUCAGGAAAAGGUACGACUGAAGUGGAAGAAAUAGUUUCAACAAAAACGAAUGGUUCUACCCCACUUAUUGCUGCUGCUAGGCACGGUCGAACGGAAAUCGUGCAAUAUCUCAUCACAAAGUGUAAAGCGGAUAUGGAACAGUGUGGAUCAGUCACUUUCGAUGGAGAAACUAUUGAAGGUGCUCCUCCACUUUGGUGUGCUUCUGCAGCUGGUCAUUUACCUGUUGUAAAAUGCUUAGUUCAAAAUAAAGCCAACUCCAACAGUACUACAAUGACAAAUUCAACACCACUCAGAGCAGCUUGUUUCGACGGCCAUCUUGGCAUUGUGAAAUAUUUACUUGAUCAUAAAGCAGAUGUUGAAAUUGCAAACAGGCAUGGACACACAUGUCUCAUGAUUGCAUGCUACAAAGGUCACAAAGAAAUUGUCAAAACAUUGUUGGAGAUCGGAUCUGACGUAAACCGAAGAAGUGCGAAGGGCAACACUGCAUUACAUGAUUGUGCAGAAAGUGGAAGUCUGGAUAUUAUAAAAUUACUUUUGAAACAUGGAGCAAGAAUGCAAAUGGAUGGGUAUGGAAUGACGCCACUCCUUGCUGCAGCCAUUACAGGUCAUCGGCAAGUUGUUGAAUACCUUGUACUUCGGCCAGAAACAUCUUUAGAGGAACAUAUUCAUGCACUGGAGUUACUUGGAGCAACUUUUAUUGAUAAAAGGCAGGACAGGCCUGCUGCAUAUAAUUUAUGGACAAGAGCUAUUGAUUUAAGAUCUACUUCAAAUCCACCCAAACUGAAAGCAGUUCGACCACCUGUGGAGGCUUAUUGUUCUGCUGUUGAAGCUCAAACAGUGGAAGCGUUGGAUGAAUUGCGUAGUGAUCCAGAUAGCAUGAGAAUGCAAGCUUUACUUGUUCGAGAAAGAAUCCUUGGACCGAGACAUCCUGACACCUCAUAUUAUAUAAGGUAUCGCGGGGCAGUGUUUGCAGAUGCAGGCGAUUUUGACAGAUGUAUUGCACUGUGGAUGUAUGCGCUUGAUAUGCAACAAUCUAAUCUUGAACCAUUAUCUCCGAUGACACUUAGUAGUUUACUGUCUUUUGCUGAACUUUUCAGCUUCAUGCAAAAGGAUCAAGUGAACAUGCGAAUUCAAGUUCCUAAAGCCACGCACACACAAAUACUUGCUGUAUUAAGAAGAGCCAUUCAUGAAAUUAAGCGGGGAUCGUCAACCACCGUGAAGAAUAUUGCAAAGUCAAAAGAUGGCACGAUACGUAGCAGUAUUUCAGGAAAAGAUCAAGAUAAGUCUAACAACAUGCAGCCAUCACAUGAUCGGUUUCAAAACAAUGAAGAUAAUGCAAGAUCAAGAAAUUCUGGAGAAAGUUCAUCACCACAUCAACCAGGAGGUGACAAUCAACGAACAGAUUCUGGCCAACGUUCACCAUCUCCAUGCUGUGGAGCAUGUGAAGCAAGUGGACAGCGUACAUACAGAGCUAUGGGAAUAGCAUUGCAUCUUUUAGCACUUGCCGAUCUUGUUCAAGAUGAAGGUAUGACCAAUGGAGAAGAGCAACGAAAAAUGGAAAAGAAAGAAAAACACUUGUUAUUGUACAGCAUGAGAAAUGUCGUUGAUCACAAAAAGAGAACAUUACUUCAUCUCGCUUCAGGAUCCGAUACAUGUCCCCUUGGUCGAUAUCCAGUCAUUGCUUUUCCAUCUGCCACCGUUGUACAAACCCUUCUUGAUUGUAGUUUCAAUUGGGAUGCAGUUGAUUCUGAGGACAAUCGACCCAUACAUGUAGCUGCAAUCACAGCAUGCGAAGAGUCUGAUAAAUCGGAUGUUGAAGAGAUAUCUGAUUCUGUGACAAAGAGCAUCGACGUUAUUCAUCUCUUACUAUAUCAUGGUGCUCAUAUUGAUAACCGUAAUAAUACAGGUAAAAUUCCAAUGGAAAUGUUACCAACUAAUUUGCGACAAAAGGUAAAUAUAGUCAAGCAUGAAACGUUGCAAUGCCUGGCUGCCAGAGCUAUUAUGGAACACCAUUUGCAGUAUGAAGAUCACGUUCCAGAAGCCCUUUGGAAGUUUGUCUCCAGUCACUAAUAAUAUCAUGUAUUCUGGUAUUAAAAAAUUUUUUUUGCUUCUUAAAAUACUACGGAAUUUACAUUAUUUCAAUAUAUAACAUGAUUAAAGAGUUAGUGAUUUUCAUUAACACCGUUGAAUUUGAAAUUUUUUUUAUGCGUAAGCUAAGCAUUGGUCAAUGGAGCAAACUGCCAACGUAUGGUCCAUCCACAACCUUUGUCGGCAAGAAUGAUUUUUAGUUAGGAAUUAAUGAAGUUCCAUACAAGCUAAUAUACUAUUUUGUUGCCAUCUUAGUUGUUCUGUUGUAUAUAGUGCUAGAGUGAAAUUAAUUUCUCCUUUUUUUCUUGUGAAAAUAUCUUUAUUGAAAUGCUUGGAUUUAUCUCGUUAAUAUCCCGUCCCAUCUCUGUACCUUUCUGUAUAUUUACAUCCAUUUUCCUUUACAUUUUUUUGGUGUCAAAUUGAGUUUUUUUUGGAUAUUUUGUGGCGAUGCUUUGCGAUUUAUUAAACAAUCACUACCCUACA